AUGAAGAGAAAGUUUGAGGCUGUAGAAGAAGAUAGCUUUGAUAACCAAGGAGUCGCAUGGUGGAGAGGGCGUCUGCUAGGCAAAGGAGGGUGUGGGUCUGUUUAUCUGGCCUCUUUGAAACCCGAAUCAAGCAACGCAUUUUAUCCACCACAUAUGGCUGUUAAAUCGGCGGAGUUUUCUUUAUCAAGAUCGCUUCGGAAGGAGAAAGAGGUUUUCGACCAUCUUCGCGACUGUCCCUAUAUUCUUGAGUGUUAUGGUGAAGAAAUUACUGUGAAUAACAAAGGACAGAUGGUUUACAAUCUGUUGCUGGAGUAUGCUUCUGGAGAAACCCUAUUUGAUCUCAUAAGGAGAUCAGGUGAUCGCGGAUUGCCUGAAUCGGAUGUUAAGAGAUACAUAAGGUCUAUUCCUAAAGGCAUUGAUUAUAUCCAUAGCCAUGAAUAUGUUCAUUGCGACUUGAAGCCAGAGAAUGUGUUGCUUGUGCGAAGUGGGAGUGGUGACUUUGUGCCCAAGAUUGGUGAUUUCGGGUUGGCCAAGAAAGUUCAGAAGAAAAAGAGGAGAACGUUUGAUUCUUCCAUUGCAGGGACUAUUUUGUAUAUGGCGCCAGAGACUCUGGCUGAUCAUAUUCAGGAAUCUCCCUCUGAUAUUUGGGCUCUUGGAUGCAUAGUUUACGAGAUGUUUACUGGGAAACCACUUUGGGGUUUGAACCUCGCUGAGUCAACUGAAGAACUCCGCGAAAGGAUUGCUGAUAGAUUUGAAUUACCUGAAAUCCCUUGUGGGAUAUCAAAGGAUAGGAAGGAUUUCUUGAAAGGAUGCCUAGUGAAGAAUCAUAAGUUGAGAUUCACCAUUAAGAAGUUAUUGAAUCAUCGAUUUGUAUCAGGAAUAGAUGAUAAGAAAAGCACUUCAUUGCUUGGUUAUAAUUGCUUUAGGAUGAAACUCUUGUGUCCUCUGUCAGCUUCUUUGGCCUUCAUAGGUUACGUUUUCGAAAUGGCGGCAAACUUGCUAUUUCCCGUCGAUGUUAGUUAG